CUCUCUCUGAGUCUCAGAGGCUCCCCGCGCGCGGAGCCGGAGAGGCGGAGAGCGAGACGGCCAGGUCGCCGUCGCCCUCUCUCCUCCCGCGGCUUCCAGUGGCCUCUCACUCGCGCCCUCGCCUCGCCGCCCACUCGCGCCGCAGCCGCAGCCGCAGCCACUCCUCCUCCAUAAGUAGCAGAUGGCGUCUCCUCCACCGCGCUCUCGCGUCCGUGUCCGCGCGCGCGUUCCGCGACUCCAGGGCGGCGUUCGAUCGAUUUGAUUUGAUUUGAGGCGGCGCCAUUGUUGUGACCAAGAAACCGUGGACGCGUGGUUGUGGAACGCGGCGUGGCGAGGCGAGAUGCAGGCCGUGGCGGCGGCGACCUCUAGAGCCUGGGCGGCCUCCCCGCGGCGGCGGCGGCAUGUCGCCUCGUGUUCUUCUCCUCCUCCUCCGACGACGACGGCGACGACGACUACGUCGUCUCUCAAUCGAUGCCCGGUCGCCGGCGCGGGCGCGCCGGUGCUGCCGCUCGGCAUUCGCGGGGGGCGCAUGCUGCUCGCGCCCCCACUUCUGUGGAACAGCGGCGCCGCGGCGAGGAAGGCGGCGGUGGCGACGGCCGCGGCGGCCUCGCCACCGGCGGAAGGCGGCGGGAAGGCGAACGGCGGCGCCGUCGCCGGCGGCAUUUCGCGGACGGUGCAGCUCGGCGCCAUGAUCCUCGUCUGGUACCUCCUCAACAUCUACUUCAACAUCUUCAACAAGCUGGUUCUGAAAUCGGUGCCCUUCCCGUACACCAUCACCACCUUCCAAUUCGCGUCCGGAUCAUUCUUCAUCACCCUCAUGUGGUUGCUUAAUCUUCACCCCAAGCCAAGGCUCUCCCUUGGACAGUAUGCAAAGAUCCUGCCAUUGGCAUUGGUGCACACGAUGGGCAAUGUGUUCACCAACAUGAGCUUGGGCAAGGUCGCCGUUUCCUUCACGCACACCAUCAAGGCCAUGGAGCCCUUCUUCUCUGUCCUUCUCUCCGUGUUGUUCCUUGGGGAGACACCCUCUUUCUUGGUCUUAGGUUCCCUCGUGCCAAUUGUUGGUGGCGUCGUGCUAGCAUCGAUGACCGAAGUUUCUUUCAACUGGAUAGGAUUUUGGAGUGCCAUGGCUUCCAAUCUUACCAAUCAAUCGCGAAAUGUUUUCAGCAAGAAACUUCUGGCUGAUAAAGAGGAAACAUUGGAUGAUAUAAACCUCUUCUCGAUAAUGACUGUUAUGUCAUUUUUAUUAUCUGCCCCACUGAUGCUGUCUGUGGAAGGCAUCAAGUUUUCCCCAUCGUACCUGCAGAGCAACGGAGUUAAUCUACAGGAACUAUGUAUGAAAGCUGCUCUUGCUGGCACUUGUUUUCAUUUUUACCAACAGGUUUCUUAUAGUUUAUUGGCUAGAGUAUCACCUGUGACCCAUUCUGUUGCCAACUGUGUCAAACGAGUUGUGGUCAUCGUCUCAUCCGUUCUCUUCUUCAGAACUCCGAUUUCACCUAUUAAUGCCCUUGGAACUGGCGUUGCUCUAGCUGGAGUUUUCCUGUACUCUAGGUUCAAAAAAGCUAAACCAAAGGCUAAGACUGCAUGAGUCAACAUACACAGCUGCAAUUUAACUAGAAGAUUCAGGUUUAUCUCUUCUUGAGGUGAAAUGGGCCGCCAAGCAAUCACUUGGCUUCUCUCCAAUUUGUCUUUUGCCAGCUUGUCUGGGUCUUAGAAGCUUGUGUAUAAGAUUUUUCUCAGGAAGGUAGUGAUGGACCGGCACCAAAAUAACAAAAUAACAUUGUCAGAAGAUUUCUCAAGAGAAAUGAAUUUUGGCACAUACUUUUGAAAUUCCUGUCCAAGAAUAUUGCCUCCUUUUUUACUGGUUCACUUAAAAUGUGAGUAGGGAUUUUUAUUCAUUCCUUUUGAAUUUGGCUGAAUGCUCACCAGAUCAGACUACAGUUUGCAUCACACAAAAAGAAAGUUUAGAAGCUUCUAUCUUCCGCCUGUUCUUUUUUGUAGGCCAUGAAACUGUAGAACCUUCUCUCUCUGUUUUUUUUCCUUGGUAAUGGGUGAACCAGACUGGAUUGAUACUCUAGCUGGUAAUUGACAGCCAUACUAGCCAGUCAACAGAAGAUGACUCCUUUGUGGAUGAGAAGUUGGGAAUACAUUCACCAUAAAAAAGAUCAAAGUUGAAAGGAAAAUGUUGAAAAGAGAACAUGAAGCAAAGAAGCUGAGGAGGUCCUUGUCCUACUUCUUGUUGAGAGAAGGAUGGCGCUUCAAUGAUUGGUCUAUCCAACUAUUCAACCUAGCACCACUAGAUGUUUAUUUUAUUUUCUUUUCUUUUUUGAAACCAAAUAAAAUGUUUAUUGUUAUAGUGAAUAAAAUCCCAAUUUCAAGGGUGCUACUAUUA